UUUGAUCUAAAGGAGCUAGGCUCAAAAAUGUCAGUUCAGGAAUAUCUGGAUAAGCAUUUGCUUUCUCGUAAAAUUGAAGAUGUUGUAAAUGCUGCUGUUAGAGCUAAGGCUCCAGACCCUGUAUUGUUCAUCUCGAAUCAUAAGAGGAAAGCAGUCCGUUGUGUGAUCACGAAGAUUAAAGCUAGGCAAAUCCUCGAUAGCAAAGGGGUUCCCACUGUAGAAGUCGACCUUUACACGAAUAAAGGGAUGUUUAGAGCUGCAGCUCCGAGCGGAACUUCUUCUGGAAUGUAUGAGGCUUUUGAGUUACGUGAUGGUGACAAUGGGAAAUAUCUUGGAAAAGGUGUUAGCAGAGCUGUUAAAAAUAUCAACGAGAAGGUCUCUGAAGCUCUAGUUGGAAAGGAUCCAACACAGCAUUCCCAAAUUGACCAGGCUAUGAUAGACUUGGACAAGACUGAAAAUAAGGGUGAACUUGGCGCAAAUGCUAUACUAGCCGUUUCAAUUGCUGCUUGUAAAGCUGGUGCCGCCGAGAAGGAGGUCCCACUUUACAAGCACAUAACAGAUCUCUCUGGUAAAAUCAGCCUCGUUCUUCAUGUCCAUGCCUUCACAGUUAUUAGUGGUGGAAAACACGCGGGAAAUAAUUUGUCCAUCCAAGAAAUCAUGAUUCUUCCUGUUGGUGCAAACUCAUUUGAAGAGGCAGUGCAAAUGGGCUCCGAGACAUAUCAUCAUCUAAAGGAUAUUAUCAUCGAAAAGUACGGAAGAAAUGGAUGCAAUGUCGGUGAAGAUGGUGGAUUUGCUCCAAAUAUCUCAAGUUUCACUGAAGGCUUGGAUCUCGUCAAGCAGGCAAUUAACAUAGCAGGUUAUAGUGAGCGAAUUAAGAUAGCCAUGGAUGUUGCGGCUGCUGAUUUUUGCAUAGGUACAAAGUAUGAUUUAGACUACAAAUCUCCCAAUAAAUCGGGGCAGAAUUUCAAGACAACAGAAGAUAUGGCCGAGCUAUAUACAGAACUCUGCAAAGUUUACCCAAUUGUGUCUAUUGAGGAUCCGUUUGACAAGGAUGACUGGGAACAUACAAAGUUAUUUACAAGCCUUGGGAUCGGCCAAGUUGCUGGAGAUGACUUGUUGAUGUCAAACCCGAAACAUACUGAGAAAGCAAUAGAUGAAUUCACUUGCAAUGCACUCGUUUUGAAGGUGAAUCAGAUUGGAACUGUUACUGAAGCCAUUGAAGCUGUGAAGCUAUCUAAGGAUGCCAACUGGGGAGUAGUAACUUCCCAUAGAUGUGGGGAGACUGAAGAUUCCUUCGUAGAUGAUUUAGCUGUUGGCCUGUCCACUGGUCAGAUUAAAGCAGGUGCACCUAUCCGGGGUGAACGGCUUCCAAAAUAUAACUAG